AUGAGCUCUCCUCCUUUAACUAUGACCAUGCAGAAUGAUGAAGAAAUUCUGAUUGACCAAUUGGAAGACCAAUUGAUAGACCAUCCAGACGCGUCUACGCAACUAUUCCUUGAUGCGUCGCUCGAUAAAGCAUUCCAAACCAAACUUAAUGCCAGAGCAGAAGAAUUAUCUACCCGAGAAAGUGAUCAACAGAACGAUCAUAUAUCAAAUUCCACCAAUGAAAUCAAUGAAGAUAACUUCAAGUUCGAUAAGACGGGAUAUCCGUAUUUAGUAACACGAUCACAUUUACAAUACGAGCAUUUUGAGUAUCAGGAUCUUGACGUUGAACUUUCAGAAUGGUUUGUUUUUAACGACUACCAGAUGUUUGGGGGGUUUGUUAGUUUGGUGUGUCCUGAAUCAGCCAAUGAAGAUCAGCAAUUGAGUGAAGCCAUUAAGGACUUAGAAGCGUCAAAGGAAAUGUUCGAGUCUCAACUGUUGGGUAGAGCUACUAGAAGAUUACUCUAUUACUCCUUUGGCAAAUAUGAUAUAUGUCAAGAUCGAUAUGAGCAGUUGACAUUGAUAGAGCAGAACAACUUGAAGCUUUAUCAGAUGGGAAUAGUUAAGCCAUUGGUGCGAUUAAUCAAGAAGUUUCUCGAGUCAAGACUUGAUGAUAAUGGUACUAGUAAGGGGAAACCAUUCACUAUAAAGGAACAAAAGGUCUUAUUUCAACUUUUAACGUUAUUAUAUUUCCUAUUGAAUGUAUUCUUAUUCAAUAAGGAUUUGGUGGAAUAUUUGGAAUUGAGAUCUGUGUUAUCAGAUUCCAAUCUUAUAACGUUAAUUGUUAGAUUUAUGGAUUAUUGGAAACUUCAUCCUAAUCCUACUUAUAGAUUACGGAAUUUAAUAUUCCUAUUAUGGAAACUAUUACUUAUUGAAAUGGGUGAUAUGGAGGAUUUAAAGAAGGCAGAUGCCUUUUUGGUUCAAUUGCAUAAUAUUAAGAAUAAACAAGAUAAAACAGAUGAAAAAAGGAAACUCAUCUGUUCACCUUUAGAUUACUUUUCUUUUAAAGAAGAUUUAUUGGAUAAGUAUCCUCUACUUGAUUGUCAAAUUAAGUCGGAACAAGAACAAAAACCCAAAGGUCUGUCUGAUUUGUCAGAACUUAAUAAGAAGUUUGAACAAUUAAUGGCUAUAAAUGAUCAAUGCUCCUCAAUAUCCAAUUAUAUUGAUUAUCCUCGAACAAACAAAACCCAUUCUGUUUUAAGUCAGUUGCCUCAACAAAAUAUCCAUCUUUCAACUCCCAUGCCAUCCCCAUCGAUAGAACCGAGUGAAUUCAUGAGUGGUGGAGAAAAGAUUCGAAAGUCAUAUCAAGUAAACCAAAGUAUUCCAUUUAUUUAUCCUCAAACCACAGAUGAUAUUGAAGUCCCCUUGGCCAUUAAAGAAGCUGAUGAGAUCUUGAAAGCCAAUAUUUACGAUAGUUAUUCCGAUAAAAGACUUUGGAAUGAAAGACAGAAGUUCAUGUCACAAGAAAGAGGGUAUAUUAAUCAAUAUAAGAAUGCUAAAGAUUAUGAUGAAUUUGAAUUUGAUUAUAAUGAAGGUCUCUAUAAGGAAUACCCUCGGAAUAAAUUUGAAAUCAGUUCUAUUUUAAAUGUGGAAAAGUUUUAUGAUGAGAAUCUUCAUCAAUUGCAUAGUUUAAUUGAAGUUUUAUUAGAAACUUUAAAAUCCAAUGAUUUGGAUUUGAAUUUGAAUUAUUUUGAAUGGGAAUUGGGGUCCAAUUAUCAACAAAAUAGAAGCAUUGAAUUUGAUGAAAGUGCCAGGCAAAGAGUUAAUUUUGUUAUGAUGCAACAAUUGGAAGUUUAUCAGCUGAAAGAAUUGAUAUUAAAAGUUAGUUGCAAUAUUAUUAUCUUAUUAUUACGAUGGUUUAAAGUCAACCAUAUUCUUAAGGCUUAUUAUUUGCUGACGAUUUUAUUUGAUCAACAAUUUUUGUCCACAUCAUUAGAUUAUUUGGGAAGAAGUUUUAAUAAUUCCAAUUUACAGGCACAAGACCCCACCAAGGAAGAAGACCAUAAUAAUAAUAUUUCAACCAGUGCCAAUAAUGCCACUAAAGAUGAUUUAACAGAAUACCAAAAGUUAAUCAAUGAGAACAAGUUAAUGAACCCUUCAAUUGAAUUAAAGAAGUUUGAAUUCUUUAAUAAUUGCCACAAUAAAACAACGGAAACUGAAUCAUUUGAAUUGAUCAAUAAAACUUAUAUUCUGACAUUACCCCGAGUUAUUGAUAAAGAUAACAUUAAUAACAUUUUCAUUACCAAAUAUAAUAAGAAUUUCUGUUCCAUUUUGGUGAACUUGAUGAAUAUCACCAAUAAAGUGCUUAUCAAGGGGAUUACUCAACGAAUCUUCAGUAUUAAUGAAUUGAAACCUUCAGAACUUUUCAAAAUGUUACUUUUGAAUUAUGAUAAUGAACAUUUGAAUAAACCAACCCUCAAGACUUUAAAGAAAUUAGUACCUUAUCAAGGCCGGAAAUGGAAAUCCAUGAAUAUGGAUUUGAUCUCAUUAAUAUAUCUUAAUUUGAGAUUAUCACUUAAAGAUAAUUGGUUAAGUGGGAAGGACUUGGAAACUGAUUACAAUAAGAGUUUUGAUCAAGAAGUGGCUUUACGGUGUAUGCUACAAUUUUACAAUAUGAGAAAGUAUCCUAAAAGAAUGGAACAUAUGGGGUAUACACUAGAAUUUGAUGGUAUACCUGACCUAUCAAUUUAG